CAACUUCCUCAGUCCGCAAACCUAUCGACAGAAAAUGCACCCGAACCCUUGUUCGAUUUAGACCUUGACCGGAAGUAUAUGUGUCCUGUAUGCCUUUGUGUCCUGAAAGAUCCUAUGCAGACCUCUUGCGGACACCGCUUUUGUAAGGCGUGCAUAACGGGAACAUUCGCCCUGCCGACAGUCCGAAACAACACCCGGGUACCGUAUUCCAGGUGUCCUGUGGAUAACACGUACUUCCACAUCGAGAAAGAGUUAUUUCCCGACAAUGCCAUCAAGCGGGAAGUUCUGUCAUUAAAUGUCCGGUGUCAAAACGUCCUAAAUGAAUGUGAUUGGAGCGGAGAACUCCGGAACUACAGCGAGGUGAGUGGACAGUGAGGGUUCUGGUCAUUUAGCUAUAGUGAAUAUUUUUCUAUAUUUAUUUUU